UUUUUGAAUGAAGACAGCAGAGAUGCGCUGCAAGUUUUUUUCCUGAUAAUUUGGCGUCGUUCAAACAAAAAGUUGCGGAAUUUGUUAUUCAUAGUUUAUUUUACAGCUAGUCUAAAUUAAGCAACUUUUAGGGCUUUUGCAAUUUUUUUUAUAUUAGGGCAAUUUUUUUGCAAAUAACGGCAAUGCAAUGUUUGAGACGAACUAUACAAAUCGGAUGGAAUACCAAUGUGAAUGUAACAAGGAUUACGCAGUCAAUAUUACACGUCGAGCCUACAAAACUAUGUGUUGUUUGUGUGAAUCAAAGACUACUCAACAGUUCAAGUCUGCAAAGCAAAAAUUUCACAUCAAAAUUUACGAAGGGUUUUAUGAGUCGCAAACUUGAAUAUUCUGAGCGGAAAACUUUAAGAUAUCCCUUAGAACUCAUGUAUUGCAUUGUUGAAGAUGUAGAUCGCUACAGCGAAUUCGUACCUUGGUGCAAAAAAAGUAAUGUUAUAUCAACGAAAGGUCCAGUGAAGCGUGCAAAACUUGAAGUCGGGUUUGGUAAAAUUACGGAGAAAUACAAUUCCACUGUUACCUGUGCAAAACCACAUUUAGUGAAAGCGAUCUGUACCGAUGGAUUGCUUUUUAAUUCUUUACUAUGCAUAUGGCAUUUUACGCCAGGACGGACUAAAAAUUCAUGUGUCAUUGAUUUUCAGGUUUCUUUUGAAUUCCGAUCUCUUUUAUAUUCUCAACUAGCAAAUAUGGUUUUUAAUGAGAUUGUAAGAACUAUGGUAAAAGCUUUUGAAAAAAGAGCUUAUGAAAUUCAAGCACUAAAUAAAAAAGAAAAUGAUGACAUUUUAAAACAAACUUUACCUUGAUACGUAAUAGCCCAAAAAUAAGUUCAAACCUCCAAUUAUUGUAGCACAUCAAAAUAAAUUGAAAAAAAUUUAAGUUGUGUAUAUACAUCUCCAAACAAGGCUUUAAAUAAGAUUCUACUGAUAGGUUAAAAGUUAUUUGUUUAUGAAAUAAUUUGAAUCAUACUGUCACAGGCUAAACAGAAUUUUUGGGUUAAACCUAUUUAUAUUAACUACCCAUGAUACCAUAAAUAAUCAGAUUACCUUCGAUAUCAAAUCGGGAACAUUCUGAGUAUUCAAAUUUCCAAACAUAGCUUUUUAUGUAUCAUUGAGGGCACGUUCAAAGUCUUAAGAGCUAAAUAAAACUUCAUAUGGAAAAAAUUAUUUAUCCCAAUAUUGUAUUAUUUGUUAUGUGUAUUUUUCAUGACGAUGUCACGAUUGCAUCUGAUGGAGUAAUUGAUUAUAAAUACCAGUGGUUGUUCAAAAAAAUAAUAAUUUUUGGUUAAUGUGUUUGUGAUGUUAAAUGUGUCUGAUCUACAAUGUGAGGAAACUUGACUGUUUCUAUUAACAUAUUAUGUUAAUUAUUUUGUUAAAGAUAUUUCAACGAUAUUUUGUGAAUAAGUAAGUUGAUAACUUGUAAAAUGUUUGAGAAAGAAAAAGUAAAUGAAAGUGUUUCUAUGAACGUUGAAUUCAAGGUUGGCACAAGGGAAAUUGAAUAAUAUAUUUGAGUCAGUUACGGUAGCUGAUGAGUCGAUUAUCUGAGAAUUACCUAAUUGUCUGAAAAAUGUGUUUCUGAUUAACUCUACUAUAAGGAAAAAUAUGCUUAUUAUAAACAGUCAACAAUCAGUCUCUUUUACUGAUGUUUACAGUUAUUUAUGUUUU